AUGUUCCAAUGGGAUAAAGAAUGCACGCGGGCUUUCGAAGAGUUGAAAAAGUACUUGGAAACCCUGCCUUCUUUGUUCAAGCCUGUCGCAGGAGAACCACUCUGGGUCUACCUGUCAACUACCCCUGAGAUCGUGCGGGCAAUAUUAGUAAAAGAGCAAGACAAUGUACAACGGCCAGUGUAUUUCUUCAGUCAUCUAUUAAAGGGAGUUGAGACUCGAUACACAGCUCUCGAGAAGUUGGUCUAUGAAUUGGUGCUUAUGGCGCGGCGUUUAAGGCCUUACUUUUUGGCACAUCCCAUUAUGGUCCUGACCAACAGUACCAUGGGCAAAGCUCUAACCAACGUUGAAGUCGUCGGCCGGCUCAUCAAGUGGGUGACUGAAUUGGGAGAAUACAAUAUCGCCUAUCAACCUCGGACAGCUAUUAAGGCGCAGGCCUUGGCUAAUUUCUUGACCGAGAUUCAUCAAGCAGACUCAGAAGAGACCUGGAAGCUAGCCGUGCGAUUAAGUUUCAGAGCUACUAACAACGAGGCGGAGUAUGAAGCUUUAUUGGCAGGUCUGCAAGCAGCUUGGCAUGUGGGAGUGGCUCGGGUAAUCAUCUAUUCUGACUCCCAGUUGGUAGCUCAGCAAGUAGCUGGCAAUUUUGAGAUCAACAGUGACAAGCUUCAAGUAUAUCGGGAGGCUUAUGAGAAGAUGAAGGAAGAAUUUAAGGAGGUUACGGUGAGCAAGAUUCCCAGAGCAGAAAACGGUAGGGCUGACGAAUUAGCUAAAAUGGGUAGCUCCCUGACCACGUGGGUAUUGGACAGGUCAAUAGCACAGACCUUCCUCAUAGCCCAGAUAGACUUGCAAAAUAACAUGGACGGGGUUAUUGAUUGGCGAGCACCAAUGAUUAGUUAUCUUCAACAUGGUACCUUGCCAGCAGAUCUGGAGCAGGCGCAGCUGGUCAAGAAAAAUGCCCAUGCCUACACCAUGAUAGGUGAUCAAUUGUACAAGCAUGUGUUUUCCAGGCCUCUACUCAAAUGCCUAGCUAUCGAAGAAAUAGAUCAGAGGGAUGCUCAACAACUUGUGAACACUUGCCUGUCCUGCCAGAAACAUCAGAAUCUGACGUAUAUGCUCACCUCCACUCUAAAGACCUCUAUAGUUUAUUGUCCUUUCGAUCAAUGGGGUAUGGACAUCGUCGGACCCUUCCCUAUGGCAUCCGGUCAAAGGCGAUUAUUUCUAGUGGCCAUGGGCUACUUUUCCAAGUGGGUGGAAGCCGAAGCUCUAGCCAGAAUUACUGAAAGAGUGGUUAUUCAAUUCUUGUGGAAGAACAUUCUGUGCAGAUUCGGCAUACCCCAUAAGCUAGUAUCAGAUAAUAGAAGGCAAUUUCAAGGUCGAAAGAUCCAAGCCUGGUAUCAGGGAUUUGGAAUUACUCAGGCCUUCACCUUCGUAGUAUAUCCACAAAACAACGGGCAGACCGAGGUUGUUAACUGA